GAUCAGGGAGACGCAGAGAGGAACAAAUACGCUGAUCAGAGAGCAGUGGCUGUCCAGUCUUCUCCACCAGCAAAGCUGCACCACCUCUUCCUGAGACUAAAGGAGUGAGGACAUCACCAUGGAGCUGAAAAGUAUCAUGAAAACUGAUAAAAGGGUGAGAAUACUGCUGAAGGCGGAGGACAGCAGCACCACCCAGAGCAGCUCAAUCGGGGCUGUGCGCUGGAACCUGCCUGAGGAGAGCGUCCAGGCUCACAGCUCAGCCCCCAGCAGACCUGCCAACACCAACAGCCUCACAAAACACUCACAGCAGCAACAUCCUCGUCAGAACUGCCUGAAAGAUCUACGAAGCCUGCAGGAGUGUGUGCAGUUCAUCAAUCACUGGAAGGAGCAAGUGGACCAAGUCUGCAAGCAGGGCAGUGGUGAUCCAGAGGAGGGCACCAGCAAGAAGGAGGUCCAGAGUUCAGACAGUCGUACUGAGCGCAGUCUCGAGGAGAGCAGGAAACUGAUCCUGGAGUGGGCUGACGAACUCCACCAUGUCGACAAGCUCCUGAAGGCGACCCCCUGGGCAUCUGAGAGUCAAGAACAUGAAAAUAAAGAAGAUAAGGAUGCCAAUAAGGAGGCACAACUGAGGAUCAUGGAGUGGGCAAAGGAGCUGCAGAAGGCGACUGAGGGUUGCGGUGUGCAGAGUGACGAGUUGGGUAAAGCGUUGCGCCUGCUGUGCCUGAAGAAGAAACGGCUGGUUAACCUGCUGCCUCUGCUGGAGUUCAUCACCUGGUCUCUGCUCAAAGAAGACAGCACGAUGAUGAUUCCACAGUUAUGGCUACUGGCAAAGCAAAGGACCUGGGAAGCAGGAAUUCCAAGAUACAUCCCCAACUCAGUUUGGAGUUGGAUUUGCAGCGCAGCAGCUGAUGUGGUUCUCGACUCCAUGACCAACCACCCCUGGCUGCUGCUGUCAGAUGACCAGCGUAGGGUCCAGGAGGGCAUGUCAGAGUCUGACCUGCCUUACAGCUCCCAGCGCUUCGACAGCUGGCCCUGCGUGCUGGGCUGGGAGGGCUACAGCAGCGGCCGCCACUACUGGGAGGUGGACAUAGCCAACAAUGGCUACUGGCGUGUGGGACUGACCACCGCCAACUCAGAGCGCCAUGGCCGGUUCCCCAUGACCCCAAAGCAGGGUUACUGGACCCUGUGGCGCAGCACGAACCAGUUCUACGUCUGCACCAAGCCAGAGACGCUGCUGCCCAUCGGCCUCGUGCCUCGACGCAUGGGGAUCUACUUGGAUUACGAAGAGGGCCAGAUCUCCUUCUACAACGCAGAAACAAAGUCCCACAUCUACACCUUCAUCGGAACCUUCAAAGGGAAGCUGUACCCUCUGUUUGCCCCGCUGGAUGGUCGUACACUACUGAGAAUCAUCCCACCACAUAAAAUCUCAGUAAACUGAGACCUGAACCUUAACAACUCUUAUUGGACGCUUUCACUUUGACAAAAACUGACUUGACCAAAUAAUACAGAAAACUAAAUAUGCACAAAGAUGAUGAUUUUUUUUUUAAAAAGUGGUGUCAUCAGUUAGAUUUCAAAUUAAUUGAAAAACACAUGAAUUUUCCUUCACCAAAUGUUACUUUAAAUACAUAUGUCAAUUUCUCCCCUUUAACAGAAUUUUAAAUCUCUUACGCUUCAAUUAAAAACUGGUUUUGAACACGGGUAGACAUGUAAACAAAGACUGAACUAUAUCAAAGUGCUAAACGAUAUUGUUAAUAUAGUAUAGUAUAAUAUUGUUAAUAUUUCUAAUCAUAGCACGCUACAAAUUUGUGAAGAGUUUUAUCAGACCUUGAGAAACACAAACUUUGAAAACUAAACUUUGAGUAAAAACAAAAAUAUUUAUUUUAUAAAAUGGACAUUUAUUUUAUUUUUUAAGAUAAAAGCUAAAUAAGUUGAAAAAUGUCACUCAGAUUUCUACAACAUCCAGAUUUAUGUGUAGACAUGAAAGUGUGAACACAUUCUGCAUCAACAUACACGCUUGCACUUUAUAAUGCACUUUCAGAUAUGCACGUAAUAAAUAUUUCAUAUACAUAUCAUGUUGUCUUUGAUACUUAUCUCUGGCUUUUUUCACAAUUGGAGAGAAAAAUCUUCAUCAUUUCACCCACAUAGUAAAUAUUUUACUGUCUUACAGAGAUAAUAGAUUCACAAAUACAUUUUUGCAUUUAUUGAUCACUUGACUGAACAAAUGAGUGUGCAUGUUACCAAAAUGAUGUCUUAAAAUCUGGUUAAAGUAGAUUCAGUGGAAAAAAGGAGGAUAAUAGUUCACCUAUAUAAUAUGAUAUGUAUAUAUUAUAUAAUAAUAUAUAACUGUGUGCCAGUCGAUUCGGAAAGCAUGUACUGCUGGAUGUCCGUCCCAUCCCACCACAGCCACUGACCCUCCUGCUUGGCAUCUGUCAGUCCCACCCACAGGAAGGGAAACUUAAGGAACUUCCUCAUCACACUUUGGAUAAAUUCCUGAGGAGGAAGCAACAUUUAGAGGACUUUAGAUCCAUUUUGGGACAGAAAUGUUUUCUGUCUGCUUACUAUGAAACGUAUGCUUUUAAUCUGUGGCAGUUUUUCAACUUUUCCAUAGUGCAAUUUUGCUAUUGUUAUUUCUGUCUACUCUGUACACUCGACAUUUGUUGCAUUAUCUGUCCGUCCUGGAAGUGGGAUCUGCUGCUCUUCCUGAGAGUUCGCCCUUUUUGGUUUUUUUGUACAGAUUGUAAAGCCCUUUAAGGCAAAUUCGAAACUAGACUUCAAAGUUAUGUUCAAGAGCAACUUGAACUUAAAUCUACAUCUCUGAGUGA